AUGGAGGCUCUCUUCUUAGGUUCUUCUUCUUCCUCCAUCGCCGUGUCAAUCAAGUUUGCCAGACUACACAACCGUCGUGACUGGUCUACAUUUGUUACGGACAAGAAAAGGCUAGGCCCCACGUGGUGUCGUGUGGGUGGUGGUGGUAGUGAUGGUGGUGGUGGGAGAAACAGUAACGCAGAGAGACCUAUUCGGGUCUCUUCGCUUUUGACAGACAGAGGUCAGGUACUGAUAAGGGAACAGAGCUCGCCGGCUGUGGAUGCUGAGACAUUGGUUCUGUCUCCGAACGGGAAUGGGAGAGCCAUUGAGAUCAAUGGAGUAAAGACUUUGAUGCCUUAUAAAGACGCUGCUAUGGUGGGGAUGAAAGAAGGACUUGGCAUUGUCAGUUUCCUCCAAGGGAAGAAGUUUCUAAUCACUGGCUCAACCGGUUUCUUAGCUAAAGUGCUGAUUGAGAAGGUUUUAAGAAUGGCUCCGGAUGUUGGGAAGAUAUAUCUCCUGAUUAAAGCCAAAAACAAAGAAGCUGCGUUUGAAAGAUUAAAGAAAGAGGUGUUAAAUGCAGAGCUUUUUAAUACUCUAAGAGAGACUCAUGGAGCAUCUUACCAGUCUUUCAUGUUGAGCAAGCUCGUUCCUGUGACGGGAAACAUUUGUGAUUCAGACAUCGGUUUGCAAGCAGACUCAGCCGAGGAGAUUGCAAAAGAAGUUGAUGUCAUUAUCAAUUCUGCUGCCAACACAACCUUCAAUGAAAGAUAUGAUGUUGCUCUGGACAUUAACACACGAGGUCCCGGAAAUCUCAUGGGAUUCGCCAAGAAAUGCAAGAAACUGAAGCUUUUCUUGCAAGUCUCCACAGCUUAUGUGAAUGGACAAAGACAAGGAAGGAUCAUGGAGAAGCCAUUCACAAUGGGAGAUUGUAUAGCAACUGAGAACUUCCUUGAAGAAAAAAGAAAAGCUUUAGACGUCGAUAGAGAGAUGAAGUUAGCUCUUGAUGCUGCUACAAAAGGGACUUAUGAUCAGGAGGAAGCGCAGAAGAUGAAAGAUCUCGGUCUAGAGAGAGCAAGAUCAUAUGGAUGGCAAGACACUUACGUUUUCACAAAAGCAAUGGGAGAAAUGAUGAUCAAUAGCACCAGAGGAGACGUGCCUGUUGUUAUCAUAAGACCUAGCGUCAUCGAAAGCACUUACAAAGACCCUUUCCCUGGAUGGAUGGAAGGAAACAGGAUGAUGGAUCCUAUAGUUCUAUGUUACGGGAAGGGACAGCUCACAGGUUUUCUUGUGGAUCCAAAAGGAGUUCUUGAUGUGGUUCCUGCUGAUAUGGUCGUUAAUGCAACGUUAGCUGCUAUAGCAAAGCACGGAGCGGCAAUGGAGGAUCCGGAACCUGAGAUAAACGUGUAUCAGAUCGCAUCUUCGGCGAUAAAUCCACUGGUUUUCGAAGAGUUAGCAGAGCUACUUUACAAGCACUACACAACUUCCCCAUGCAUGGACUCAAAAGGUGUUCCUAUCAUGGUGCGUUUGAUGAAGCUUUUCGACUCCGUUGAUGAUUUCUCGGAACAUUUGUGGAGAGAUGUUCAAGAACGGAGCGGGUUGAUGAAUGGUAUGAGCUCAGCGGAUAGUAAGAUGCUUCAGAAGCUCAAGUUUAUAUGCAAGAAAUCUGUUGAGCAAGCCAAACAUCUUGCUACUAUAUAUGAGCCAUACACUUUCUAUGGUGGAAGGUUUGAUAAUAGCAACACGCAGAGAUUAAUGGAGAAGAUGUCUGAGGAAGAGAAGAGAGAGUUUGGGUUUGAUGUUGGAAGCAUAAACUGGAAGGACUACAUUACAAACGUUCAUAUUCCCGGUUUAAGAAGGCAUGUCUUGAAAGGAAGAGCUUAA